CAAAUGCAGUCCACGCGAGCGCACGUAGGCCAUUUUCAGACUUUCAAAUUGGAACUGCGAAGAUGAUGGUUACUAUAGGACUUCUGGCGCUACUCCUCGCUUCCGGCUUCCCUGGUCUAGCAGCCGGUGAAGACUGCAGCGGUGAUUCACAAUACCUGGACAUAGACGGGAACUGUCGGUCUUGUAACGAAAAGACUUGUCCGGCGGGGCAGAAGGCAAAGCAAGAUUGUGGAUCUGGAAAGGACCUGAUCUGUGAGCCCUGUACAGACCUACCAUCGGGGAAAACCUGUGCAAAAGGAGUCGAGCGGGACUGCAUCUCUUGUAAACGUCAGCACAAGAAGACGGCUCGGGAGUGCAACGCCCACCUUGACAGCGUCUGCUUCGGAUGUCUCGACGGGUACUUUCCCAAAGCUAGAAUCCAGGGAGAAGUCGACUGCAUCCGGUGUGAUGCUGAAAAAAACAACAGAUCUGAGUGUAUGGUUCCUGAGAAUCCUGUGAUUAAAUGCGCCCCGCCGGAUCCGAAACAGUAUAAAGCAAAGCUUGAAGACGACCAGCAUUACAAAGAGUCACAACGUUGGACCGUGAUUGCGGCUGUAGCCCUUACAGCUGCUGCUGCCUUGACAGUCAUCGUGGCCAUUUCGUUAAAACGAAAACUCUGCAAACCACACGGACCCUACCACAGGGCACCAGGCCGGGAUCCCGAGGCCCCUUACACGCCAGAACGUAGGCAUCCUGCAGUUGCAGAUAGAGUAGAAAAGAGUUCGACCCUCACCGAAGAGUCUGAGGACGACCAAUGUCGAGUAGACACGAACAACAAGAAGGUCAAGUUCACUAAGGCCAGGGCAAGCUCCAAUCAGUCGGAGGAUGGACAGAAGUUACUGCAGUCCAACAAUGUCCCUGAUUCCAAGCGCCCCAAACUGAAACUCAAAAUGCCGAAGAGAUCAUCGGUGGGUGAACUAGAAGUCCGUGUAUCUGGAUCAAGAACUUCGUCACCAGUAAAAGCUGUGCCCACCCCAAAGAAGGGAACUCCGUCUCCAUUCCCAGUGAGUGACAGGGAAGAAAACGUGUUCUCCUAUCCAGCCGGCAACCAGCCAGUAAAUGUUCAACCUGAACUGCAUGUUAUUGAAGAUGCCCAGGAACCUUUUGUGGAACCUACCACAUCACAGACCUCCACACCAACAGGAUCUCUGGACCUUUCUGGGCAAACGGCCAGACUUCACAAAGACAGUCGGCCCAACCACACAGCAAAUGACUACGCAAGCAACCUGGCUUGGUGCAAAGAACGAGCGUCCUCGAUUCUGCUGGAUAACGAUUGGUUCAGCUACAACAUCCAGCAGACGUUAGCGGUAUACCUGGACAGGUUACCACCGCUCAGCUCCAUGCCGACUUGGAGGACCUUCUUCGAGCGUGGCUUCGGCCUUACGAAACUCGACCUGGACGGCGUCAACACUCAAUCUGUUCCGAGCCCAACCCUGGCCCUGUUCGCAGUACUUCAGACCCGCACUGCCAAGGACAGGCACACCGUCAAGAAGGUUUUAGAAACCCUUCACGAUUUGAUGCUUUACGACGCGGCAAACUACCUUUGCGAGGAGCUGUUAGAAUAUAAGCAAAAGCCUAAGUCAUGACCAAGCUUUUGUUAGAUAUAAGCUAAGAUCUAAGAUAUAAGGCUAAGAGCUAAGACUUCCACACCCUAGCUUCCUUUCCCUAGUUGGUGCGAUGGAUUGCUGUAAGUCCAGUGCAGAUGAAUGCCAAGCUCAUUAGUACGAGUUACUGGUGCUCCUCAGAGGUUUGCCACUGUCAGAAGGCUUAUUGGAAGUACUGCGAGUUAAGCCUAAUAUGUACAUAUGAUAUGUACUUAACUUGUACUUGUACUUGUACUUGUAUGGCAAUAAGUGCAAAGCAAGGCUACGAGUUGUGGAGACUCGAACACUCAGAAGAAAACGCGCUUGUGUAUAGUAUUACACUUUGCCUAUUCGUCGUUCAGGUUCGCUGGUGAAAUGGUAACUCUGUGGCCAAUGGAUUCAGCCUGGUCAGUGUUAGAAAUACCCAUCUGCGUUCUGCAUUUUGCAGAGAGAUUUACAAUAUUGCAGAAGAACCCUACAACCUGCAAUUUUGCAUUAUCAAAUUGAGAAGGUCGUAGUAUGGAGGAUUGUGUAUUUGCAGAAAGUGUUUCAAAAUUUUGACUCAUCUGCAAUAUUGCAGAACACUGAAAACAGUAUUUCUACCACUGCUGGCCAAUUUGAUUCUGUCUUUGCAGCCACCUAAAGAUAGAUCUGCUUGGAGAUUACAUUUUGUAUACUUUUGUUCAAGGAACUUUGUAUUGUAUACUUUUGUUGUUGGAAGUAUGGCACGCUACUGUAAAUGGUUGAUGUAGAAGGGUACAUUGUUGAGUUGUAUCUGCCAUGCUUUUAGAGAGGGGAUGGCGUACAAUGAUUUUCGGUGAAUGCUUUUCGUCUCAAACGACCGAAAAGUAAUGUCGCAUUCUGUGUAGCAUCACAGGAAAUAUGUGUUAACAUUGAAGUGACCAAAUGCACUAUGUGUGUUGCUAUUACUGCUCUUUUUGUAGCAAGGACUCUGUGAAAAGACAUGACAUGUUGGUUACCAUUCUAUGUGGAUGUUUAAUAAUUUGUUGUGUAAAUACUGCUAUCGCUACUGCAAAUACGAUGUCUUGCUUUAGUGCUUGCUAAGAAUUAUUUCUGACGAAAUCUACAUACAUGUACUAUUAUGAUGAUGAUGGUGACGACAUUGACUUUUAGACCUCUGUCUGAAUUAAAUUAUCACAA